AUGUUUCCAUUGACUUUAACUUGUUUGCUAUUGAUUGGUGUAAUCUCUGUUCUGGCUAAGCCAAAGCCAGGGAGUGGUUGGUCUUCUGGUGGCGGAGGGGGCCACGGCGGUGGUGGCAGUGUUCAAAUAAUCAAAGUAAUAACUGAAAGUGGCGGCGGAGGCGGUGGUGGUUGGUCAUCUAGUGGAGGUGGCGGCGGCGGUGCCGGCGGUUGGGCAUCGGGUGGCGGAGGAGGUGGAGGUGGGGGCGGCGAUAUCAAAUUAGUAAAAGUUAUUAGUUUGGGCGGAGGUGGUGGAGGUGGAGGAGGCGGUUGGUCAUCUGGCGGCGGCGGUGGUGGCGGUGGCGGCUGGUCAUCUGGCGGUGGUGGUGGCGGUGGCUGGUCUUCUGGCGGCGGCGGAGGCGGAGGCGGAGGGGGUGCGGGAGGCGUUGGCGGUGGGGGUGCUAUUGUUUUUAUUGUCUUAAAUUUCUGUGGCGGUGGGGGUGGCGGGGGCGGUGGCGGUGGUGGAGGUGGAGGUGGUUGGCAACCAUCAGGUGAAAGGAGUUGGUCAUCAGGUGACAAGUGGUCCACUAGGAGUGGAAGUGGUGGUAGUGUUAAGAUAAUUAAUGUUAUAACUGAUAGCGGGGGUGGAGGUGGUGGUGGUGGUGGUGGCGGUGAUGAUGAUAAUGAUGACAGUGGCAUUAGUGAUGGAGGCAAUGGUGGCAAUAUUGAAAUCAUUAAUUUCGUAAGAGGUAGUGGUGGCGGUGGUGGGGGAGGUGGAGGUGGAGGUAGUGGUGAAAAUUCGCGCAAUGCAAGACUUGAUAGAAGUAACGGCGGCUCUUCAUCCGAUCAGGUCGAUGGGGAUUGGUCAUCUAGUCGACGCGGAGCGAAGGAUGACAAAGUUAAACCAGUAAAGGUUAUUAGUUUGGGCACAGACGGCGGUCGUUGGCGGCCUUUUGGCAGUCAUCAAGGCGUAAGAGCCAAUUUUCAAAUUUUUAAAGUAAUCAAUUUAGGCGGUACAAGAAGUACCUGGUCUUCAGGGGGCAGUCGUGGUGACGUCUGGUCUUCUGACGGUAGCGAAGAACGAGAAGAUCGAACUAUGUUUUUUAAGGUUAUCAAUUUAACCGAAGAAACCGGUAUUGACGGUGACUUCGAUUCGCAACCACCUAGCGAUUGGAUUUAA